CACGGUUUUCGACGGCGCGAUUGGGGGCUGCGCAAAACAGCGAGCACAUGGCGGGCGUCGACGACGCGCUGUCCAUGGGGCUCCACAAAACAGCGAGCCGAUAGCGCGCGAAGUUGGGGCCGCGUAGAUCGGCGGUGGAGCUCGCUGCUGGAAUUUUAUGGGCGCCCUAGACAGUGAGCUGGGCGGCAUUGGCCUCUCGCCAUGGGUGGAGCUCGGAUGGGGGAAAAUGCUGCCAUGGGAGAGGAGUUUGGUUGUCCUCCAUGGCUGUCCAGAUCUCAGGCGCAGCAGGGAUUGUUCUAGGCGCUGAAACAUGGAGAGGAGCAAAGGGAGGAAGGGGGAAGAUUGCAGGGCGUCAUGGGAGGAAGAGGUGGGCGAGCUGCUGCUCGCCGUGGGCGACGGCGGCUCGCUGCGGCUGCUGUUUUAUGGGGAAGAGGGGAGGAGAGGGGCCGGGGCGGCAUGGCUCCUACUACUGUCCAUGGAAAAUAAAUAGGACGCAGGAACAGCAGGGAAAGGGAGGUCGUCGGCCUGCACUUGUGCUCGUCCAGGGGAAACAGGGAGGGCGCAGGGAGGGUCGAGCCCAUGGAGGAGCAGGGCGUCGCGCCCUGGCUGGAGAGCGCCUGCUCCAAGGGAGCUCGGCCAUUUGCAGCAGUGGCAGGGGGCGUCCAUGGCGGCUGGCCGAGCAGAGGUGUCGGCCAUGGGAACUGCUGGCAGCCAUGAAGCAGAAAGGGGGCGCUGGGAGGUGAAGCUGCAGGGGGUGGCGCCAUGGGAGGUGCUUCGAUGCGCUGGGGAAGAAGGGCGCCCUGCCGGAUGGGUGUCGAGUGCCAUGGCGAGAAAGAGCCGAGCUCCCUGCGCUAGCAUGCUGCUGCUGUGAACAGGGAGGAAGAAUGGCUGUGGCGGCUGGGAGAAAAUGAGGGGUGGGAGUGCAAAAAUGCCUCCACUUGCUAGGAGAGGGCUGCUAUUUAUAGAGGGGCACUAGGGUUAGGGUUUUCCUUAGUGGGCCAAAUGGGCCGGGCUGGAAUGGGCUUGGCCCAAAACACGUACUCGGGUCGCGCUAAAUUAUUUUUCCGGAAUAAAUUUUCCCGCGGAAUUUGUCUGUACACAGAACAGAGCGAAAUAGAUUUCGGCGAACGGACGAUUGAGCAAUUAAUUCGGCCGAGAGUCUAAU